AUGGCGACCAAGGCGGCGCGUUCCCGGCCUUUCUUGAUAAUCAUGGACAUGGUGAAAAACUACGACCUCCUGGAACACCCUGGAUCGCUUGGCUUGGAGGUCGUGGAGUGCAAGAGGAGUGCCGUCGGCUGCGGGCCCACUGGCGCGCGCGUCUUGGAGGGCGUCUCGCUCUACUUGGUCCGCGGCGGCGACGACGCCGACCCGGAGCGCUACCCCCGGAUGUGUGUCCGCGUGUCCGACGAGGCGUUCGACCUCCUCAGCGCGGAGAUCGACGACAGGACGGCGGACAUCUGGGGAAGGAAUCUCCACCUCGGCUGCCGCGUCUUCUCAAUGCAAGGGGAUGUCAUGGUCAUCAGCCUGUUGUUUAUCGCCGAGCACGAUCCCAGGCCUUUCCGGGCGUACUACCUCGUCUACGACUCUGCCACCGCGACGCUCUUCAUGAUCCCGUACCUGCCUCCGGAUUGCCCAACCAUCGGCACGCCGUGCCCUCUCCCGGUGCGCCGCCCAGACGACGGCCGCUACGCUCUGGCCCUCUUGGCCUACAGGUCCAACCGGCUGGGUGAUCACGAGCCGGAUGUGCUCUGCCUGUGGUCACUGCCGCCUCUGCCUGCCAACAUGAAGCCUCCGGCACUGCCGCGUCCGCAGAACGACAUGGAUCCGUGGGUGGCGAAGAGCCGCCGGCCUGCCCUUUCCGACCGCUUGAAUGCGCACGUGGUCUUCUCGUCCAAGGACUAUGCUUUCUGGGUCGAUCUCAAGCAAGGCAUCUUGUACUGCAGCAUCAGUGAUAUGCUCAAUGGUGAAGAGCCCGUGGAUUUCAAGUACAUCCCGUUGCCCAAGGAGUGCAAGAUGCCCACCGACAUGAUGGACGCGGUGCAUGUGCACCGCAAUAUGGGUUUGGACGGGGACUCCGCCAUCUGGUUCGUUGCCAUCGAAGCAUCAGACAAUAGUGCCAGAGACACCAAUGUGAAGGUUUGGACUCUGGACCUCACAGAGCUCAUGUCCACGAAGAAGACUAAGAAAUGGAAAAAAACCAGGGAGUUCAAAAUGCAAAGCAUCUGGCGGCUGUAUGCCUUCCGGAAGAAGGGGUUGCCGAGGACCGAACCCAGGUUUCCCGUCUGGAGGCAAGAGCGCGGCGGUGGCGUACUUUACAUGCUACUGCCUAGGCUCAACGACAGGCAUGGCUACCUUGUUGGCAUUCACGUCGGGUGCAGCACAACUCAAGAGAGAUAUAACUUAUUUGUGAAUCCUCGUGCAGCUAUUGAUGAUCUUUUUGUGAAGGUGAACAGUGAGGAUCUGCGUCUUUACAAGAUGAGGUUGAAGUAUUCACUUAGAUGCUUGCAGUUUCUUCUUCAUCAAGGAUUGGCAUUUCGUGGGCAUGAUGAAAGUGAAGAGUCUAGCAAUAGAGGAAACUUCCUUGAGCUAUUGAAGUGGCUUGCAGCAAAUAGUGAGGAGGUGAAUAAGUAUGUUUUGAAGAAUGCACCAGGUAACUGCCAAUUGACAUCUCAUCAGAUACAACAUCAGAUUAUUCAAUGUUGUGCACAACUUACUAGAAAGCAAAUUAUUGAUGAACUUGGUGAUGAGCACUAUGCUAUUCUAGCUGAUGAGUCUAGUGAUGUAUCACAUAAAGAACAACUAGCUUUAUGCUUGCGUUUUGUUGAUAAAGUAGGGAGGCCGUCUGAGCACUUUCUUGGAGUUGUUCAUGUAAGUGACACUACUUCAUUGUCACUUAAGGAAGCAAUUGAAACUUUACUUACUGAUCAUGGUUUGACUAUAACACAAAUUCGUGGGCAAGGAUAUGAUGGGGCUAGUAAUAUGAGAGGAGAAAUUAAAGGAUUGAAAACAUUGAUCAUGAAAGAGUCACCUUCUGCCUAUUAUAUUCAUUGUUUUGCACAUCAACUCCAGCUAGUUCUUGUUGCUGUUGCCAAGGGAAAUGAUGAUUGUGUGUGGUUUUUUGAUCGAGUGUCUUUAUUACUGAAUGUUAUUGGAGUGUCUUGUAAGCGUCAUGACAUGCUUCGAGAUGCUAGACUUCAGAAUAUCCUGAAACUACUUGAAUGUGGUGAGUUACAAACCGGGAGUGGUUUGAAUCAAGAGAUGGGGUUACCUAGGCCUGGUGAUACUCGGUGGGGCUCUCAUUACAAAACUGUUCUUAACAUUAUUGCUAUGUAUCCCACAAUCCGUGAUGUGCUCAUAACUCUUGGACAAGAUGCUUCACAAAGAAGUGAUUGGCCCAAAAUUCAUACUAUUGUUGGAGUGUUUGAGUCAUUUGACUUUAUUUUCAAUGCACACUUGAUGCUUGUCAUUCUUGGAUACACAAGUGAUUUGUCUGAUUGUUUGCAAAGAAGAGACCAAGAUAUUCUUACUGCAAUGGCACUUGUUAGAACUGCAAAAAGUAGAAUACAAGAGCUUAGGGAUAAUGGGUGGGAUGCAUUUUUGCAAAAGGUCACACUAUUCUGUAACAAGCAUGGCAUUCAAGUUCAUAUAAUGGAAGAUAAUUAUGUGCCUUAUGGAAGAUCAACACGGUUUGCUCGACCCCAAACAAAUGAUGAUCACUUUAGAAGAGAAGUUUUUCUUGGAGUCAUUGAUCAAAUUAGUCAAGAGCUUGAAAAUCGGUUUGAUGAGAUCAAUAUGGAGCUGCUAUCUUGUAUGUCUGCUUUGAAUCCCGCCAACUCAUUUGCUGCUUUUGAUGCACAAAAGGUACGAAGACUUGCUGAUUUUUAUCCCAAAGACUUUUCAAGUGCCGACUUGAUACACCUUGAACUACAACUUGAUAACUAUAUUGAUGACAUGAGAAAUGAUGAGAACUUUCAAGGCCUUGGGAAUCUUGUUGAUCUCUCUGUUAAGCUUGUCCAAACAGGGAGACAUAUAGUUCAUCAUUUGGUGUACUUGCUUUUAAAAUUGGUAUUGAUUCUCCCGGUGGCAACGGCAAAUGUUGAGAGAGCAUUUUCUGCCAUGAGUUUUGUCAAGAACAAGUUGAGAAAUAAGAUGGGUGAUAGUCUUUUGGAUGAUUGCCUAGUCACAUACAUUGAGAGAGAUGCUUUCUCCGAGGUGAAUGAAGAUGACAUAAUUGACACCUUCAUGGCAAUGCAAAAACGUAGGCCAGAAAGAUAG